AUGAUGAGGAGGACAAGGAAGGAGCCGAUGGAAAGCAAGCGUUUGCAGCCCGCGUCUCGGGCAGCAUGCCGGCGGAGAGCGCUCAGGGAGACGUGUUUUUUCUUCCCCGCGGAGAAGCUUCUGUUCACGGUGCCCGAUCUCAAGCUCUUCCUGGCGAAGCACGUCGAGUCCGCGCCCAUCGCCGACCUGGAGGCGGCGGCGGCAGAGGCCAAGCAGAUGGCGGGGGCGAUCCUCGCGUUCAAUUGCCUGGAGAAGGUGUCGAAGGCCAGGAAGUCGGAGAAUAUGCAGCUGGUGAAGGACGCCAAGAAGAGCAUUAGCGCCAAGAAGUGCAUCCCAGCUGAGGCUGUGUUUGCGCUGCUCAAGGAUAACCCCUGA